AUGGACAUAGUGAGUAGUGGAAAAAGAGCUGCAGAGUUGCAAUCAGAAAGAAGCAGUUGUGUUCAUCUAUCGGAAAUCUUGAACAUUGGUGUUUGUAGUAACGAGCGUCAAGGUUACAACAUUGGUGUCAGAAGAAAGAUUUUUGAGAGCUUGAAACUUUCUGCAAUAAAGAAUGUCAGCAUUAGAAGAAUUCGAUGCAACAAAUCUGAGGAAGGAACUACGAAAACGAAACCUCGACUCGAAAGGACUGAAGGCAGUUUUGAUGAACCGCUUAAGGGAUGCUCUAAUAAACUAAACGAUCGCAAGUUUAUACUUUCUACGGAUGGUUUCGACUGCGAAGCAAAUGUUAACUGCAAUGCACGUGCAACUACGGCGCACGUGAGAACUUUGUUGCACGUGUUAACAAAGAAAAAUGUAAUGAUGAAUAUGAUGACGAAGACGAAAUUGAAGGUUUUGAAAAUAUUGGGGAACUUUAUAUAUAUAUAUGACAAAGAAACUUUUGAUAUGCAAUGGGACUAUUACUCGGAUUUUGCUGCAAGCGAUUCGCCUGCCUCAUUUCUAGUGCUUUUCAUUACUAAUGAUGAAGUUGAUGACGAAAACGACGAUGAAGGUUUUAAGAAUAGUUCAGAUUUUGGCGGUAACAAAAACAAGGAAACUUUUGACAUGCAAAAAGAUGUCAACGUUGAAUCUUACAACAUGUAUCAAAGAUACUCGUCCGGUCAUUCAACAUCUCAAAAAAUCAGCGUAAAAAUUUUACUGGCAACAGGUGCCAACAAAAUCAAGAAAGAACCACGACGCCUGCCUAUGGCUAGAGGAACCAAAGUAAUAGAAACGUGGCGUGACAUAAAAGGAAAUAAAACAGGUUUCAACAGCAAAGCUCUGGUCUGGUUGCACAACCGACGGCGCAGAAAAAGGCGAUGCCCGGCGAAAUUCUCACGAAAUUGGAAAUAUCGGAACAAGGCCAUUAACAGAAUAAAUAACGGUAUCUACAGGACCUGUGACCACGAAAAACAACGGGCAAAGAUGAAAGUUGACCAUUGGGAAAGCAUCAACAUUGGUGUUGGAAAUAAUAUCUUUGAAGCUAUAAAGUUGGUGCUGGUAGUUACGAGCGUUCAAGGGAUACAACAGCUAACCCAAUCAACUCAACGUAAGCAAACAAGAAAUCAGCUGAUGUUCAUCGUGUUUUUUCUUGAUCUAGGCAAACAACUUCAUUCACGUGAAUCAAUCGACGAAACUAUCGGAAAUGUUGUCGAAUCAGCUCCGAAGCUGGAAUUGAAAGUGAAUUUUCUAAAAACGGAUUACAUAAAACUGCUUAUUAAAAACUACGAGAUAAAGAGGUCUUUGUUAAUGAAAAGAGUUGACGCCACAAACGGACUAUUAGACCAACUUGAAAAUGAGGUAGAAUUAUUUACAAGUUAUCAGAAUUUCAUGACGAAUGUUGAUUCAAGUUCUGUGGGUCCCGCUCAUGUUGAGACAGAACCAGCCGUUGAAGCUAUCCAACAUUACGUGGAAUUCCUGGACAAAGAAAAGUCAAAGUUGUUGAAGGAUUUGGAAUUUGAUAAUGCUUGGCUUGACGGAAAUGAAGAAACAAUUUCCUUCCUGGAGGACAGCUUGAAGAUGGUUACCGGCGAAGUUUCUGCUAUUAAGUCAUUCAUCUAA